ACUCAAUUCUCAUAAAAUCAAGUUGAAGUUGAGAUCGAUGGAUAGUCAUUUCUCAUCGUCAAUUCUGCUGUUCUCAUCUCUCAUAUUUCUGGCACUCUUAUGGAACAUAAUCACUCGCUCCAAACGCCGUCAGACCUCCGCCAAUCUCCCGCCGGGGCCGAGAAAGCUGCCCUUCAUAGGUAACUUGCACCAACUGGCCAGUUCCCGGCCACCGCACCACAUUUUAGCCGAACUGGCUGCAAAACACGGUCCGCUAAUGCACAUCCAGCUCGGCGAAAUAAGCUCCGUCGUCGUAUCCUCGCCGGAAGUCGCCAAAGAAGUCAUGAAAACGCACGACAUCACUUUCGCCAAUCGGCCGGCGCUCUUCGCCUCGAUGACCAUGACUUAUAACCAUUCCGACGUCGCCUUUUCGCCCUACGGCGAAUACUGGAGACAGUUGCGCAAAUAUUGCACGGUAGAGCUGCUGAGCACGAAGCGCGUCCAAUCCAUGAGGCCAUUGAGGGAAGAAAUGUUUCACAAUUUGUGCAAAUGGAUCGCCUCCAACGAAGGAUCGCCGAUCAAUUUGAGCGAUCAAGUGUCGAUGACGACUUGCGACAUCGUCAUCCGCGCGGCGCUCGGGAUAAGGGACGAAGAGCACACGGUGUUCGUGUCGGCGGUGAAGGAGAUUUUCGAUUUGGUCGGAGGGCUUUAUCUAGGCGAUUUGUAUCCUUCGGUUAGACUUUUUCAGUCGAUCGGUGGAUUUAGAGGCCGCGUGGAGAAGGUGCACAAGCUGUCGGAUAAGAUUUUGCAGAAGAUUAUUGACAAUCAUAAAAUGGAGAAGGCUAAAGAUGAAGAGCAUGAGAAUUUGGUGGAUGUUCUUCUCAAGUUCCAUAAGGCUACUGGACAUGAGCUACAGCUCAGUGACGACAACAUCAAGGCUGUGCUACAGGAUCUAUUCCUUGCUGGAAUCGAAACAUCAUCGGCUACUUCAGAUUGGGCUAUGUCAGAAAUGCUGAAAAAUCCAAGAGUUCUAAAGAAGGCACAAGAAGAGGUGAGACGGGUUUUCGACAAAAAGGGAUAUGUCGAUGAGUCCGACUUCGAUGAGCUAAAGUACCUAAAGUUAGUGAUCAAAGAGACUUUCCGAAUUCACCCGCCGGGGCCUCUACUGCUCCCGAGAGAAAACUACGAGGCCUGUGAGAUUAAUGGCUACACAAUACCGGCAAACACGCGAGUUAUUGUGAACAUAUGGGCCAUUGGAAGAGAUCCCAAAAUUUGGAAAGAUCCCGACAGCUUUAUACCAGAGAGAUUUCUUGAUAACAAUAUUUCAGCCGAUUACACCGGAAAGAAUUUUGAAUUCAUCCCUUUUGGCGCCGGGAGAAGGAUUUGCCCGGGAGUGUCAUUUGGGCUGGCCAACAUCGAGCUCCCGAUGGCAUUGCUUUUGUAUCAUUUCGAUUGGGAAUUGCCUCAUGGAGUGAAACCCGAGGACGUGGACAUGGCAGAAACCGCGGGGAAUUCAGCAAGAAGGACGAACCCUCUUGUUGUCAUUCCCACGUUGAAAAACCCUUUGCCUCUAAAGUAAAAACAAUCGAAUCGAUCGAGGGAUAUUGAACCUAUGUACGAGGAAAUUAUAUUCGUGGCUAAUAAGACUUGAUGUAUAAGCAUUUCUUUUUGGUGGAUUAAUGAACUUGAUUAAUGCUUUGUUAGUA